UAUGUUUUUUUUUAUAAAUUUAUCGCCCAGUAAAGUGUAUUCUUCACAGUUGAAACUAAUUCAAUGUUUUCUUCGUGAAUACAAUAAAUAUGUGUGAUUUAGUGAAUAAUUCAGAUAUUUUGAAAAAAUUAGGAUUUGACCAUUCCAAUCAGUGGAUUUUAUAUGAUGAUCGCUUUAGUAAAUUCUUCGAAUUUUUUAAUGAAAAUAUAAGCAAUAUAAAUAUUUUAUCAGAAAAGGAAAUAAUUGAAAAAGAUUUAAUUGAAUAUGAACUGCAAAACGCCAGUGAACGACAAGAACGUAUAAAACAACUAGAACAUGAAUAUCCUGGUUUGUGUGCAUCAGAUUCUGAAAUGGAAUCAUUAGUGAAUGAGGUAAUGGAAUUAGAACACGCUGAUAAAUCAUAUGCCAUAUUAAUAGAAGAAAUGCGAAUUAAUAAAGAUCAAAUUAAUACUAAUCUCAGCAAGAUCGAGGAAAGUUUAAAUAAAUUAAAAAAUUCAGAAAAGGAAAUGCUAGCUGUAUGUCAAAACAAAACAAAACAAUUAGAAGAAUUGCAACGUGCAAAUGUAAACUUAGUCAACGAAACUAAAAAGUAUUUUACACAAAUCCAAUCGCCACCCUUAUUUGUGCAUCAAUUACCUUUGGAGCAGUAUUUUUUAAAAUGUGAUUCUUUUAUGCAAUAUUUUAAUUUAUACAUGAAAGAGAAUUUUAAAAUUCAAGAAUAUAUUGAAUUCGAUAUUGAUGAUGAAGACUGUGAACUGGCUAAAAAAUUACAAGAAUUAGAAAACUCUAUUGCACAUUAUACGCUUGCUUAUAUUAAGGAAAAGGCUAAAGCAAAAGCUACGCAAACUCUAAUCGAUCAUUUAGAUAUAUCCCAAGUGCAUAUAAUCAGUCUUGAUCAUAUGGAACGUGUUACACGUGAAUUCGAACAAUUAAAUACUCACAAUCUAAAAAAUGAAACUCUCUUAAAUGAUUUAGCCAUGCAUGUACAGCAGCACAGUCGACAACAAAUUGAAUUAAUACUAUACGAGAAUACAAAAAAUAAAUUGGAACGAGCAUCGAAACGUCUAGAAGAUAACAAACAAUUGGGCAAGAUUAUAUCGGACACAAUUCUAAAUGCUGAACUUAUAUGGAUUGCUAUACAAUUGGACAUGGAGAAAAAGCGUAACCGAUUUGAUAAUACGGAAAAAUUAAAUACGGAUGCAAUGUUAUGUUCGGAACGUAUAAAAUGUAUGCGUAAUUCACAAUUAACUUUAACGUCUAAUGCUGCAAAUCUUAAUAUCUUGGUAAAGAAAGGCGUUGACUUACUGUCGAAACAUUUGGGUCAAAGAAUGCGUUAUGAGCAAAAACCUUUUCUUUAUGAGUAUGAAAAAUUUUGCCGUUUAUUUGUUUAUGAACUGAAUGCUUUGACAAAUAUCAAGUCAAGCAAAGCAUUAAUGGACUUAAUUAACAAAUUAAAAUCAUUAGAAAAUAAUUUGAAGCCAUUGGUUUAUGAUGGUCCUGUUGCGAGACCUACCUUUGAACAAGUCCACUUUCUGAUACCACUAUUUGAUGCUAGAAGUUCACAACAACAAAUUAGUGACACACUAAGAGAUAUUCGUGGUAAAUUUUAUACCAAUAUUACAGAACGAAUGAAAAAAGAUACAUUAUGGCAUAACAGUCAAAUGUUAUGGAUUUGGUUUUUAAGAAAUCCCACGCGAGUUAUUGCAGCAAUCGAUGAAGUUAAAAAGGCAACUAAUAAGGAACGCUCAAUACCUGGUGUUAAUAUAAGAGGCAUGAAUCAUUUGACUGGUAUUAAGACAUUAGCAGGACUCAAACGAAAAUAAUUGCAAAAGUUAUAAUAAUAUUUUCUGUACGUUAAAAUUAU